AAUGUCUCUAUAGAGCUAUAAAAUGUUGAGAAUACUUUUAAGUGGAAAGAUACGCAAGUUAACUCCUACUUCAGAGGGAACAAGGAACACAUUUUUCGUUCCACUGAUUUCACUGAAAACACUCUUCAGCGACCACAAGAGAUCCUCCACGAUCUACGCGCUGUCUUCUGGGUAUGGUAAAUGUGGGGUAGCAGUAAUUCGAAUAUCAGGUCCAAGUGCAUCGUUAGCUUUGGAAAAGAUGACUAAGAUAUCUAAUCUGAAACCUAGAAUAGCUCUCUUGAGAAAAAUUCAUGAUCCAGAGACCAAAGAAGUUCUGGAUAGAGGUCUAUGUCUUUGGUUUCCAGGACCUAAUUCGUUUACUGGGGAAGAUUCUGUAGAAUUUCAUAUUCAUGGUGGUCCUGCAGUGAUCACGUCAGUCCUAAAUGCUCUUUCAAAAUUACGAUUUCAAGUGGCCCCACCUGGGGAAUUCACAAGAAGAGCUUUUCUGAAUGGAAAAUUAGAUUUAACAGAAGCAGAAGGUAUAGGAGACCUAAUCGAAGCAGAAACUGAAAAACAGCGCAGGCAGGCCUCUAAUCAAGCCAGUGGAUCUCUUCGACGUCUGUACGACUCUUGGCGUGUUACUUUACUAAACGUUCUUGCCAGUUUAGAGGCCUAUAUUGAUUUUGCUGAGGAGCAUAGUGUAGAGUCUACGGUCUUAGAAGAUGCCAAAACUACUGUACAAAAGUUGUCUAAAGAAAUUGAACAACAUCUCUCCGAUGGAAGGAAAGGAGAAAUUUUACGUAGCGGGAUUCAUGUAACGAUCCUUGGCGAACCUAAUGUAGGGAAAAGCAGCCUCCUAAAUCUUCUCUCUAGGAAAGAUGCGGCUAUUGUCACAUCUUCCCCAGGGACAACAAGAGAUGUAAUAGAGUUAACAAUAAACAUCUGUGGAUAUCCAAUGAUUCUCGCAGAUACUGCGGGUAUCAGAGACAAUCCAGAAAACGAAAUCGAAAUAGAAGGGAUUAGAAAAGCGAAGGAGUAUUGCAAGAAAGCGGAUUUCGUCGUGUGCGUAAUUAGUGCUGAAUGUAAUAUCCAGAAUUCUUUAGAAGAAUACUUGGAACAAUAUAAGAGUUCAUUGGAAAUAGAUAAAGAAAGAGUUCUUUUCGUACUGAAUAAAGUAGAUUUGCUUGAAGAGGAAGAUAAGAAGAAGUGGAAAAAACGGAACAUUAUUCCUAUUUCUUGCAAGACAGAAGAGGGGUUGAAGAAUCUUAUAAAUGCAUUAGGACAGUGUUUUGAAGAAAUGUGUGGUGAUCCCAAAGAAGAAAAUCCUGUAAUCAGUCAUGCAAGAUAUAGAAAUCAUUUAUUGCAUGUUGUAAAGUAUCUUGAAGAAUAUUUAAAGAAAACUGAAAUACCAGACUAUGACAUGGCUAUAUCUUUACAAGAUAUCAGAGGUGCAGCUAGGGAACUAGGUAAGAUAACAGGUACUAUUAGUACCGAGGAAAUACUCGGUGUCAUUUUUAAGAAUUUUUGUAUAGGAAAAUAAAGGUUCAUUUAAGAAAUGUU